GAUAUCAACCGCGCUCGGUGCCCAUUUUACUUCCGCCCUUGGGGACGUUCUAGACCCAGCCUGUCAAGCUCAGUGACUCGGAGGAGGAAGCGGCGGACGGGGUUGUUGUUUUUUUCUUUGGUUUUUUUUAAAACCCCGCUCUCCGGGGGCGCUCUAGCCCUCACUUCCGCGGCUGUCUAUAGUUCCAAGAACGGCCCACUCUCUAGACUCUUCUCUGAAGCAGUUCCUUCUCUAUGGCUCCGCGCCGCCGGAGCGGGAGGGCGGCAGGGACGUCGCGUCUUUAGCCGGGAGGCCGCGGCGGAGGCGAGGGAAGGCACAGCCGGGAGCAGAUGGAGCCUGACAUGGAGGCGGAGACGUUGGAGUCGAGGAUCAAUAGAGCUACCAACCCUCUGAACAAGGACCUGGAAUGGGACAGCAUUAAUGCUUUCUGUGACCAGCUCAAUAAGGAACUAGAGGGCCCACCGCUUGCCACUCGACUUCUAGCCCACAAGAUCCAGUCUCCACAAGAAUGGGAAGCCAUUCAGGCUCUUACGGUGCUGGAGGCCUGUAUGAAAAGCUGUGGCAAACGCUUCCAUGACGAAGUAGGCAAGUUCCGCUUCCUUAACGAGCUCAUCAAGGUGGUGUCGCCCAAGUAUCUAGGAAGCCGGACCCCAGAGAAAGUGAAAUCCAAGAUCUUGGAGCUGUUGUAUAGUUGGACGUUGGGUCUGCCCCAUGAAGUGAAGAUUACAGAGGCCUAUCAGAUGCUGAAAAAACAAGGGAUUGUAAAAUGUGACCCCAAGUUGCCGGACGAUGCCCCCUUCCCUCUGCCUCCUCCCAGGCCAAAGAAUGUCAUCUUUGAUGAUGAAGAAAAGUCCAAGAUGCUGGCUCGCCUGCUCAAAAGCUCCCACCCUGAGGACCUCCGGGCUGCCAACAAACUUAUCAAAGAGAUGGUUCAGGAGGACCAAAAGCGAAUGGAGAAGAUCUCCAAGAGGGUGAACGCCAUUGAGGAGGUGAACAACAAUGUGAAGCUCCUGACCGAGAUGGUGAAUAACUACAGCAAAGGGGAGACGACUGAGAGCAGUGAGGACCUCAUGAAAGAGCUGUACCAGCGUUGUGAGCGCAUGAGGCCCAUGCUCUUUCGGCUUGCUAGUGAUACAGAGGACAACGAUGAGGCACUAGCGGAAAUUUUGCAAGCCAACGACAACCUGACGCAAGUGAUCAACCUGUACAAGCAGGUUGUGAAAGGAGAGGAGAUCAAUGGUGAGACUGUGGCUGGUUGUCUCCCAGGCAGCACUUCAGCACUUCUGGAUCUAUCAGGACUCGACAUGCCAACCACGAGCCCCUCCUACCCAGCCUUACCAAGCUUCUCAAGUGGUGGCUCAGCAGCUUCUGUGCCAGAGCAGACCAGCUCCGUCUCUCUGCUGGAUGACGAGCUCAUGUCAUUAGGGCUUAAUGAUCCAGCAACUCCCUCAGCCCAGGGUACGGAUAACAGUGGCUGGAACAAUUUUCAGUCUUCUGACAGCCCUGAACCUGGCGCCCCCCCAGUCCCACCCACCCCAGCGGGGAAAGGUGAUGCUGGACCACCUACUACGACACCUCCUGCUGCCACCAGCGGCAUGGAUGACCUGGAUCAACUGGGCAAGACUUUGAUGCAACAGUCUCUUCCCCCAGAGUCUCUGCAAGUCAGAUGGGAGAAGCAACCCCCGCCACGGUUGACACUGCGCGACCUCCAAAACAAGAGCACUUCCAGCCCAGCUGUGAGCACCAGCAGCGCCCUGCCUCUCUUCCCGAGCCUCUCUUCAAACCCUCCUGCCCCCUUGCCCCUGUCCUCCGAGCAGCCAGCAGCUGCCGCAGUCCCUCGGGGGCCCACAACACCUUCUGGAGCCACGGUUCCCACAGCGGGUCUUCCUGCUUCCACAUCCCCCCUGGAAAUCUCACUGAUAAACGUCACUGUGCCUCUGGAAUCCAUCAAACCAAGCAACAUCCUUCCAGUGACAGUGUAUGACCAGCAUGGAUUCCGCGUCCUUUUCCACUUUGCCAAGGACUCUCUGCCUGACCGGCCUGAUGUGCUGGUAGUGGUCAUCUCCAUGCUUAGCACAGCCCCCUUGCCCAUUAGGAACAUCAUCUUUCAGUCUGCCGUCCCCAAGGUGAUGAAAGUGAAGCUGCAGCCACCCUCGGGGACAGAGCUCCCGGCAUUCAACCCUAUUGUGCCCCCCACUGCAAUCACCCAGGUCCUCCUGCUUGCUAACCCCCAGAAGGAGAAAGUAAGACUACGAUACAAGCUGACCUUCACCAUGGCCGACCGAACCUACGAUGAAAUGGGCGACGUGGACCAGUUCCCCCCUCCAGAGUCAUGGGGCGACCUUUAGUUGAUGCUGCCACUGCACUGCGUCUGGCUUCAAAGGAUCCUGCCGCCUCUAGGACAAGAGCUUUCCCAGAGCUGGCUGGCCCUCAGACUAAGCUCUCAGACUGGAAUGGCUGGCAGCUGGCCGUAGGCUGUGUGUGGAAGACAGUGGGCCGAGGGGAGGCCUGCUUGGGGUUGUUGGGGGCAGGGCUGGUUGAGUGAGUUGUUCUCCGUUCUUCUAACUUGGUUUCUGAGCCCCCUCCUCUCACCUUGCUCUCCCGGCUCUUGCUUUUCUCCCCACGGAAGAGGGCGGUGCCAUUCAGCUCCGAGAAGUCCGGGGAGAGACUCCUGGAACCGUUUCCCCUCCUCUUUCCUGCUUUAAGGUUAUGUUGGACCUGACCCCCUCCGCAACCUCCAGCUCUCCCCACACUCCACCCUGUCCACACACAAGCCCGAUACUUGGGAGCAAUGCCCCCUCGCUCUGCUUCCCUGUGUCGCAACACAAAGCUGGGCUGGGGUCUCGGGUGGGGCAAAAGGCACCAUCGUUUUGCCACCGGAGGCCUGGUUGGCGCCUGUUCACGACUCCGCUGGCAAAACAGCCUUGACACAAGAGGAGGGUAUUUGGGUCUGUUUUGCUCACAGGGCCUUUCCUUCACCCUGGGCUGGAUAAUGGCCGUGGGCUAAUGCUCACCAGGCUGAAUGAGCCACCAGUGAGCCGAGUCUGACUCAGCUAAUGGGGUGGGCGAGGAGGGAAGCGGGUAGCGUGCCUCGUCUAUUAUGCCUUACGUUCAAAGGGUUGGUAGUUGCGGCCUGUUGUGCAGGGAGGGGUCGUAGUCCACACUCUCCUCUGCUUUCUGGGAGAGGAAGCUGACAAUACCAAGAGGCUGCCUACAGGGUGACGAGGGGCCCACUAUAUUGCCUGUGUGGCACUGUGGAGCUCCUGCACACCUCUCUGCUGUGCUAAAUAUGGCACAGGCCUGGUACUUGGGAGGAGGGCGUUGAGGAGGAGAGAGUUGCCAUAACCAUGUCUGGUUCCCCACAGACCUUUGCCAGCUGAAGCUGCCCCUCUUCUCCCUCCCCCCCCCCCAACUGGUGUGCUCACAGGAUUUGGGCUAGGAAGCGCCCACUCUGACUGACUUGAGUUCUCCUCAAGCCUGGGUGGGAGUGAGGCCUCAGCAAGCUACUGAACAGGCUGCUCCACGGAAGGUGGACUUGAGCUUUAC